GCCGGCCGGCUCGGGUUGGUUUCCGGCCGCGCAGGCGCAGAGGCGGCGCGGUGGGCCGGGGGCUGCAGGAAAUUCCAGAGAAUGACAACAUGGAGCAGAUACCCCAGGAGGGUAGGAAGGGUCCCUCCCACAGAGAGGUGCCCCGCUUUGUGGGGCUGCUGCUUGCCAUGGUGCUCAUGAAUGUGCUUCUCUACUUGUGCCUGGACUGGUUCUUUAUUUCCCCCCGGAGUUCUGCGGUGGAUCCCAGCUCCUGUCCCCAUGGUUACUUCAGAAUGGGGCACAUGACAAACUGCUCACCCUGGCUGACUUGUGAGCAGCUGAGGACAGAAGUGAGACAGCUGAAGCGUGUCGGGGAGGGAGCUGUGAAGAGGGUUUUUCUGUCAGAGUGGAAGGAGCGCAAAGUCGCACUCUCGCGGCUCACCCGUCUGGAGAUGAGAGAUGACUUCCUGCAUGGGCUGCAGAUGCUGAAAUCGCUACAGAGCAAGCAUGUCGUCACACUGCUUGGCUACUGUGAGGAAGACAACACUAUCCUUACCGAGUAUCACCCCUUGGGUUCCCUGAGCAACCUGGAAGAGACACUGAACCUUUCCAAGUAUCAGCAUGUCAACACCUGGCAGCACCGGCUGCAGCUGGCCAUGGACUAUGUGGGCAUCCUCUCCUACCUGCACCAGAGCCCCCUGGGCACUCGGGUCAUGUGUGACUCCAGCGACCUGCCCAAAACGCUGUCGCAGUACCUGCUGACCAGUAACCUUAGCAUUGUGGCCAACGACCUGGACGCCCUCCCCCUGGUGAACCACAGUUCUGGGCAGCUCGUGAAGUGUGGCCACAGGCAACUUCACGGGGAGUUUGUGGCUCCAGAGCAGCUGUGGCCCUACAGGGAGGACAUGCCUUUCCAGGAGGAGCUCCUGCCCUCCUAUGAUGAGAAGGUCGACAUUUGGAAGAUUCCAGAUGUCUCCAGUUUCCUUUUGGGGCACGUGGAAGGGAGCGAUAUGGUCCGGUUCCACUUGUUUGACAUUCAUCAGGCAUGUAAAAGUCGGAUUCCUACAGAACGGCCUACGGCUCAGGAUGUUCUGGACACUUAUCGGGAGGUUUUACAUUCACUCAGGGACACCAUGAUGUCACAGACAAGAGAAAUGCUAUAAAAGCCAGUCCUUUCAGUGAAGGACAAGGAGGGGCUUCAGGGACAGAAAACAAGGAGGGGCUUCAGGAACAAAUGGAAUCACCACAGCGGUUCUGCACCGACAGUGAAUCUUUGCUGUUUAAUU